AGACAGGGGGAGAGAGAGAGAUCCUCCACCGGAGCAGGAAGCUGCUGCUGCCGGACCGAACAGGAGACACCGGAGCCUCGAACCAGCGUCGACAUCAGCGGGCAGCAGGCAGACGGGGAGCGGUUCAUCCUCCAUAAUGUAGACCCGACACACACCGCCACAUCCAGCCUACGAGUCGACCGCAUGUCCGGGGCGCGGCGCUGAGCACAAAAAAGCCGAGCUGGGAGCGUUGUCGCACGGUGAAAAUGAAGGAGCUGAAGGGCUGCGGUAUGCGCUCCUCGGUGGGCUUUCUGUCCCGCAGGGAGCUCACCGGGCAGCCGCUCAUGAAGGAGGAAUUCCAGCGACGCAGGCUCGCAGGCUGCACCAGCCUCUACAAAAAGGACAUGCUCGGACAUUUCGGCUGUGUCAACGCCAUUGAGUUCUCCAACAACGGCGGAGAAUGGCUGGUAUCUGGAGGAGACGACCGCCGGGUGCUUCUGUGGCACAUGGAAAAAGCCAUCCAUGCUCGGUCCAAACCUGUGAAGCUGAAGGGCGAGCACCUCUCCAACAUCUUCUGCCUGGCUUUCGACAGCACCAACAAAAAGGUCUUCUCUGGAGGAAACGACGAGCAGGUGAUUCUUCACGACGUGGAGAGAAGGGAAACUCUGAACGUGUUCCUGCAUAUCGAUGCCGUGUACAGCCUCUCCGUCAGCCCGGUUAACGACAACGUGUUCGCCAGCUCAUCCGACGACGGCCGAGUUCUUAUCUGGGACACUCGCGAGCCGCCACAUGGAGAGCCGUUCUGCCUGGCCAGCUACCCGUCAGCCUUCCACAGUGUGAUGUUCAACCCCGUGGAGCCCAGGCUGCUCGCCACGGCAAACUCCAAGGAGGGAGUCGGACUGUGGGACAUCCGCAAGCCACGCAGCUCUCUGCUUCGUUACGGAGGCAGCAUGUCCCUGCAGAGCGCCAUGAGCGUUCGCUUCAACAGCACCGGCACCCAGCUGCUGGCUCUGAGGCGCCGCCUGCCGCCCGUCCUCUACGAGCUGCACUCCCGCCUGCCCAGCUUCCAGUUCGACAACCAGGGGUACUUCAACUCCUGCACCAUGAAGAGCUGCUGCUUCGCCGGAGACAAAGAUCAGUACAUCUUGUCUGGCUCGGAUGAUUUCAAUCUCUACAUGUGGAAAAUCCCAAAGGAUCCAGAAGCAGGAGGCCCGGGUCGGGUGGUGAACGGUGCGUUCAUGGUCCUGAAGGGUCACCGGUCCAUUGUGAACCAGGUCCGCUUCAACCCCCACACCUACAUGAUCUGCUCCUCUGGCGUGGAGAAAGUCAUCAAGGUGUGGAGUCCCUACCAGCAGCCCGACAGUCUGGGCGAUCUGGAGGGUCGUGUGGAGGAUAAAUCCCGCAGCCUCUACACCCAUGAGGAGUACAUCAGCCUGGUGCUCAACAGCGGCAGCGGUUUGUCCCACGACUAUGUCAGUCAGUCCAUCCAGGAGGAUCCUCGCAUGAUGGCCUUCUUCGACUCUUUGGUGCGUCGGGAGAUCGAGGGCUGGAGCUCAGACUCUGACAGCGACCUGAGCGAGGAGGCCAUCAUGCAGCUCCACGCUCGAGUUCGUCGCUCCACCAGAGCAACGCCGGCGGCUCCCAGCACCGCCUCUGCUGCCGGCCACCACAGUGACUCUGACAACUCCUCGUCCUCCUCGCUGGCCGGACCCGACGCCUCCGGAGGGGAAGAGCCGGCCGGAGAGGACGGCGAGGAGCAUCCCAGGAGACGCAGCAAACAUCAGCGCCAUCAGUCUGGCUUCCUCGUCAACGAAGACUCGGACUCUAGCGAAUUCUGGCUCGACCCGAUGCCCCGGCCUCGAUCCCCGAGCCCCAGGGACAACUCCACGCUCUCCAGCCCCACCUCCUCGCUUCCUGCCGGAGCCUCCAGCUCGUCCACGUCCACCUCCAGCUCCAGCAGCGACGACGAGGAGCGACGCAGCGCGGUGAGGCGGCGCAACGUCAUGAGGCGGCGCCGCAUGCACGUGGUCUCCAGAGCCGGCGACCGACCCGAGUCCGUUCAGGGUCUGUUCUCGGCCAUCGACUCUUGCAGCUACCCGUCGAUUGCCAUUGAUGACCUGUCUUCCUCCUCGUCCGGCGAGGAGCGAAACUCCCUCCAGAUCAAACCUUGCGGCGCCGCAGAGGAGGAGAAAUGCCUGAGCCCUUCGGACUUUGUGUGUCUGAGCCCAGUGAUGUCCCCCGAGAGCCACGAGAACGAGGACGUCAGCGACAGGACUGAGCUGGAGAGACUUCCAGCGGUGUCUCCUGGGUCUCUGGAUGGACGCAGGACUGAAGGCAGAGCUGCAGCAGAGCCGACGUUAGACAGCUCCGAUAGCAGGGAGGCGUGUAGCAGCUCAGCGGCUGCAGAUAUGAACUCCCAGAGCCGGCUGAGCCCCGGAGUGAACGGUCAGCACCGGACAGUGGCGGCAGCCAGCGGAUACAUGAGCAAGAACCAACGUGUGUCCUCAGAUUCAGAAGAAGAGACUGAAAGUCCACCUGAAGACAGCAGGCCUCAGAGAGAAAAAGCUGCAGCUUUGAAACGGACUCAUGUGGGCUCAGACGAGGGCGAAUCAGGCUCGUCACCCUCAGAAAAAAAGCUAAAGACAUAAUCGCCCCUUUUUUCUCAUCCUGGAGAGAAAUCAUUUGUUAACGGACUUCAUUUAGGAAGUGGGUUUUCUAUGGGUUUGUACAACUCAGCUUUUUCAUUUUUGUUCAUCUCUUGUGACACCGGAACGAAAGACUUAAAAACAAAGUGUGGUUAACUUUUGUUUUGAGAACAAAACGAUUCGGACAGUGUCAUUGUUUUUUAGGUCGAACCUCAGAUGACUUUAAUAAAUCUAAAAACAUGAGCUGAAUACUGUUGAUAAUGACGGUAUUGAGUGAGACGCAGUAAUUUUCCUGCUGCGUCAGUGUUUCUUUCUCUUUCGGCUCUGGGUGUUGCAGAAAGCUCCACCCAGGAUUUGGAGCUCCUCCAACCACAACAACAACCAAAAAAAAAAAGAAAAAGGCUUUUAGGUAGGACAAAAGCUUUGCAGCAUUUUAAUUUCUAUGGUUUCACACUGAGCGUAAAUCUGAUUGGAUUUGUUCUCAUUUUUAAGUGAUUCUCAGCUGAGACUGCUUCAGGGCGCCUGAAGAAUUGACUCCCUCCACAGAAAUCCCGAGGAGCACCAUUUGUAUAAGCUGCAUUGAAAUGAUGCUUUCAGUGUCUCUACCGACUCUUUUUUGUGUCUCAUUAUCCAGCCCCUGGGUAUCAUUACAAGCCAGCUCGCUUUUGUUUUCUCGCAAUUAAAGAAUAAUUUGUUCUCCA